AUGCCGUUCACCCUCACUCACGAAAACAUUUGCUUUUCAAAUCCUGCUGCAAAAUAUGCUCCUGGAGAUAAAUUGGAAGGAUUGAUCGAACUGAAUUUCCAAAAAGACUACAACGUUCUCUACAUGCAAAGACAUUAUGCAUGCCGGGAAACAUUCGUUCCCCUUCUCGUACACAAUUCCAGAACACUGUCCACCAACAUUCCAUAA